GCGGCACCGAGCGGGGGGAGCCCCCCGUCUACCCGACGAGAUUUGGGUUUAAACUUUGGGUUUUGGGGAGCCCCGAAGAUGCCUUUCCACCCGGUGACGGCGGCGUUGAUGUACCGGGGGAUCUACACCGUCCCCAACAUCCUCGCCGAGCAGCGCCCCGUGGAGAUCCCCGAGGAUGAGCUGGAGGAGAUCCGGGAAGCCUUCAAGGUGUUCGACCGCGAUGGGAACGGCUUCAUCUCCAAGCAGGAGCUGGGCACGGCCAUGCGCUCCCUGGGGUACAUGCCCAACGAGGUGGAGCUGGAGGUCAUCAUCCAGCGCCUCGACAUGGACGGUGACGGGCAGGUGGACUUUGAGGAGUUUGUGACAUUGCUGGGGCCCAAGCUCUCCACCUCGGGCAUCCCAGAGAAGUUCCAUGGCACCGACUUCGACACUGUCUUCUGGAAGUGUGACAUGCAGAAGCUGACGGUGGACGAGCUGAAGCGGCUGCUGUACGACACCUUCUGCGAGCACCUGUCCAUGAAGGACAUCGAGAACAUCAUCAUGACGGAGGAGGAGAGCCACAUGGGCACGGCCGAGGAGUGCCCCGUCGACGUGGAGACCUGCUCCAGCCAGCAGAUCCGCCAGACCUGCGUGCGGAAGAGCCUCAUCUGCGCCUUCGCCAUCGCCUUCAUCAUCAGCGUGAUGCUCAUCGCCGCCAACCAGGUGCUGCGCAGCGGGAUGAAGUAACGGGGAGCCCCCGCCGCCGGGGGCCCGCAGCGACAGCGAGCAGGAGACACCUAUAAAUAUCUAUAAAUAUCUCGAUGUACAUCCAUCUGUGGCCCAGAGACGUGCCCCCCCCCCGGCUGGGGGGCAGCCGAGGGGACGGAGCCGCGCCGGGGCUCCGCCGCGCCGGAGAUUUCGGUACCGACACCGACACACCGACCCCCCCUCGCCAGACCAAAACCGACCCGUGAGUGCAUGUGACGUGCAUGGAGCCCCGUGAACCCCCGGCGGAUCCCGUCGGAUUCUCCGAUCUAGCGUUAGAGCUCAUAUUUAGGAUAAACCAAAUCAUCCCCUAAGCAAUACACGCGCCUGAGAUGGUUCCUAGAGCCGGGAGCGUUUGCAUGGACUUGGCUGCCAAGGGCUGGAUUUCCACCCCCCGAAGCCCCUCCCUGUCCCCGUGCCGUGCCUCGGUUUCCCCAGCUGCCCGGGGCGGGGACAUUCCUGACCUGCUUGAUGCACUUUGAGCCGACCCCCCUCGGGAAGAGCCGGAGCGACCCCGAGCCGGGGAGCGCCGCGCCCCCGGAACCCCCAGCCUGUAUGUAGCACCCACCUGGGCACGGACUGGUUCGGAUUCGGGGCCGUUUCUCAUUCUUUGGAGUUUCUGGGGGUUUGGGGGUGGCGUUUUUUGUUUUGUUUUUGGUUGGGUUUUUUUGUUUGUUUGUUUUUGGUUCUUUUGGUUUUUUUUUUUUUUUGUUCUUCCUGGUUGGUUGUUUCCGAUCUGAAAUAAAACUGGGAUUUCUGAAGUGCUCUGGGCUGCAGAGGCUCCUGGAGAUGCUGGGGUGGAGGGUGAUGGGGUGGGGCCCUGGGAGCACCCGUGGGUGCUGCUGAGUCCUCCUGGCACAGGAGAUGGGCACUCAUCCGGGGGGGCUGUGACCCCCAGGAUUCCGGGGGCUGGAGCAUCCCAAAACCUUGGGGCAGCAGGACCUGGCUCCUUCCCAGCAGCUCCCACAGCCCCAUCCCACUCCAGCUGUGGGUCCUGCUAGAGGUCCUGCCUUUUCCCAUGGAUCCCAGUGGUUUUAUCCCACUCUCCACAUCUCGUGUCCUGGUAUUUUAUGUUGGGUUUGAUGAAGCCUCGAUGGGGAGGACGCUCAGCCCAAGUCCCUUCCCAGAAUUGCUUUCACCUGGAUUAACAAUAAUUCCAUCAGGAAGCAGGAUCUGCCUGGGAUGCUCAGAGAGGCUCCACAGGGUCACAAUUCCUGGCCCAAGCUGGGAUCCUGCCCCAAGGCUCGUGGCAGGGAGCACCCUGUUAGCCCUGAUUUACACCACUGGGGCCUGGCCCCGGCGUGAGCCCCCCAGGCUGAGGGACAUUGAGAAUCUCACCCCUCACUCUGUGUGUGCUGUGGGAGCC